AUGAGGAUUCUAGCGGUGAGUGACCUCCAGGGCAACUGGGACGCUCUUGAAGAAAUCGUUUCCGCUCAUCCGAACGUGGAGGCCGUGGUGCACACAGGCAACAUUGGUCUAUGGAACUCCAGCACCGUUGAACAGGCUUCUGACGUGAACUACCUCAAGCAGAUCGUGGCGUUUCUGGAGCUUUUGCCGAAAAAUGUCGUUGCAGAGCUAAACGACUUGCUGACGAUUAAUAACGCCCAGGACUUGGGCACGGCAAACCUGGUUUUGGCUGAAUUCAAGCUGAAGCUUCUUCUGGAAGCACCGUUGGUCCAUAUGGACGAGUACUUGGCGGGGAAGAAACGGCUUCCGUGCCCUUUAUACACCACAAUUGGUUCUCUUGACGAUCCUUAUUUGGUGGAGAAAUUUGUGGACGGCUCUUUGCGGAUCCCCAACUUGAAUAUCAUCGACCAUAACCACAGCUACCUUUUGGAAUCUCCCGCUAAACCGCCCAUUCGGCUCUACGGACUAGGCGGGAAUUUAAAGGUGCACAGUCUUUUUGAUAGCGGCAAGCUUGGACUCAAUUCUGUGGCGGGGAAGGUUGGCGAUUUGUGGAUUACCUUGGCUCAAGUGGCCCAGUUGUUUGUGCACAUGGACCGUUUGGAAGAAAAGGCCAUCAACGUGUUCGUUUCCCAUUCGCCCGUUAUGAAGAAUCCCCUUUUGGAACAUGUGGCGAUUAUGACCGGGGCUGACUAUACGAUAUCUCAGGGUCUCCAUUUCAGGUACCCUGUAUCCGGCAACGGAAUGAGUUUUGUGGAUUCCAUGGGUGGUCUGGCUGGGUACAUUGAAAAUUACAGACUGAAAUUCUCACGUCUACGGAUGAUUUUGGGUGAGCUCUGGGUGAUAAUCAAGGACGAUGUAGCACGAGUGCUUGAACGGUCACACCCAGAUCUCCAGAAAUUGGUGGAGCUUGGAUUAUCGGUUUUCGAUAAGAUUCCUAUAACGAUAAGCGAUUCUACAGAAAAAAUCGUUCGUCUCACGUUGUAUGACGAGGAUGAGGAUGAAGACGACAUUGAUAUGAGCAAGCAGACGCUCAAAAAGGUCAACGACAUGUACUUUGCAGCCUACUACAACUUGUGGCAUUUUAAUCUCUGCGAUUACGUGAUCAAGGACGAUGACGACGACGAGGUGGACUACAAUCUCGUGAUUUUCCGCCUCAAGAAAAACGGCAAUCUUGCCUUGGAGCACUGCAACAGUUCAGGCUUCAAUUUCCAGAGAGAAGAGUACGAAGAAGAAGACGAUGAUGCGCUUAGGCAGACCAAGGAUCUCUUGAACAGCACCUACAAGGAUUUCAAGAGCCGCAGCAAAACCAAGGUCACCAGGCGUCGUGGAAGGUAUCCACAGGUUUAG